CAAGUUCAGUGUCAGAAGAUGUUUUAGUGUUUUAACUUCUUCAGCGUUCUCACAGAUCAACAGGUCAAGGGAGCAGAAAAAAGGACCUGUCCCCACCAGGAGAGCCUAAUCAUGGGGGCAUCUGUAAGCAUUAGGAACCAGACCCCCUACACUUGGUACUACGAACUUCUUGGCGAUGGAGGUGGCAGUGGCAGAUUGAAGGCCAGGAGCAAUGUCCAAAUAUACCUAAAUGUUAGAUGGAUCCAUAACUACCUGAAGCUGAAAUAUGACACUCAUAGUUGGAACUCCUUCUCAUAUCAAUUCAACAGUAACAAGGGGAACGGGGAUAUAACAUUCACAAUUAUAGAGACCAGUGACCGUUCAUAUAUUCAGCUACUGUGCAGCGCAGAGAGUGGUGCUCCAUCAUGUGUGAACUAUGGGAAGCAAGAGGAGGACCGCAUCCGUCAGCAGCAGGAGGAGAUGGAGCGGCGAAGGCAGGAGGAGCAACGAAGACAACAGCAGGAGGAGAUGAGACGCCAGGAGCAACUGGAAAGGGAGAGAAGGAUCCAGCAGGAAAUUGAAAAGGAGAGUGAACUUUCUGGUAACAAGGUGUCAAAGGGAAAAGAAAAGUUGAGACAGAAGCUGAGUCUAAAAGCACAGCAGUUCAAUCACCAGCGGACACAAGUUCUACACCAGAUGAUAGAAGAUGAUGCUGCAGCGGUCAGAAGGGAUGAGCCAGCGGAAUUAAAAAGUAAAUUUGAAGAACUUCUGCAACAAUUUGAGAUCACUGAAGACAAAGACAUGCAAGAGGACAAACUUGAAAACCGAAUGAAAAAUCUACGGAAUGAGCUAAUCCUUCAAUACUUUGGAGAACCUCAACAGGCCAUCUGGUUUCAGUUGACCAUUGAUCGUGCAAUCAGCAAAGGAGAGCAUUCACUCACAGAGUGGUUUAGUAUCCUCACUGCUUUGGCAGAGUUAACGUUGACCAAUGACUCAGGCAAUGGAAAAGUCUACCAGCCAGACUUGGACCAGAAGUAUGACUUUUUCAUCCGUCUUCUUGAACAUCUGUAUAGCACAAAUCCCACACUGAUUCAACAACUUGCUUUGAGUAUUCUUAAAGAUUUCCCAGAGGUUUCAGACAAAAACAAGUGUCUCCUUAGUCAAAUUCUCUUCAACAUGAUCUGGGCACCCUCAGAAAUUCUGCUCUUUUUACAAGGUGUUUUAGGCAAAGACCAAGAACUGGUAACCUCAAUCCUACACACAGUGAGGACAAACAAAUUGGAUCUUCUCACUACUUUAUCUGCCCUGAAAGGAAAUGAGCCUGUCAAAUAUUUACAGUUGUAUGCUGAGACAGAACGGGACAAGGAUGCCAACAACAUUGUAAAUGAAAUGCGAAAUGAAAAGUACCCAGAUAAAUUACUAUCUAUUAUGGAGGAAAUUCUAGGGUUUAUGACUGAGGAACUUCCAAAACAUGCAAAAGAGGACUUGAAUCAAGUAACUAUAGAUGAAACAAAGCAGAUGAUCAAGUCACUGGAUUUGACUAACCCUGACCUUGCAGUUCUGAAGGUGAUAUUACUAAGGAUGUCUAUAGCAGUGCAAGACUGCUCAACCAUUUACUUUCAAGAUGGUAAAAAUAUAGAAGGCUAUUUUCCUUGUAUUAAACCACAGGAAUCACUGCUAACAGCUAAGAAAAUAGAAGGCUACUUUCCUCGACUCACUCAGCUGGCAUCACUUCUCAUGCUCCUUCUACCACAGUUAACUGGGGAAAAAGGUAUCCUUCUUGAAAUUGGAACAGGUGAAGGAAAGUCUUGCAUCCUGGCCAUGUUUGCCACCAUCCAGGCCAUCCGUGGUAUUAACAUUGACAUUGUGACCAGUUCUCCAGUCCUUGCUCGCCGAGACCAGGAAGGGUGGAAGACAUUUUAUGACAUGUUUGGUGUCACGUCUUCCGUUGUACCGCCACCACAGAUCGAAGGAAGCUCCCCUGAAAGCAGGGAUAGUAAGCUACAGGAGGCUUACAAGAAACAAUUAGUUUAUGGAACCGUUGGUAGCUUUGCAGCAGAUGCAUUGAGGCAGGAAUUUGAGAAGGACACCACACGUGGGGAGAGGACGUUUGACAUGGUGAUUGUGGAUGAAGUAGACUACAUGACUUUGGACAAUGGAGUUCAGGUGACGUUUCUUUCCCACGAGGCAAGUGGACUGAGGCAUCUUGACCAAGUCCUUGCUAGUAUAUGGUCCAUGGUAUCUAUGUGCCAGCCAAUUGAGAUGGAAGAUACUGGAGAGAUUGAGUGGGCAACUGGAAUCCAGCAUUUUCACAAGGCUGCAAAGGUAGCUGUGAUCGGUUCAGAGACUUCAGAAAAGUUCUCAGAAUUUGAUAUUUUGGCCACCGGAGUGCAGUUGGGUAUUUUUUCAGGUGAAGAAUUUAACACAUUCAUGCAAGUCCUAGAGAAAAACGAGAAAGACAACACAACGGAGAAUAAAGAAAUUGUUGAUACAUUCAUGGCCAAAGUUGGAGUUGCUCAACAGUGUGAUUUGCUCACCAUCCUGGAAACCGCACUAGAAAAUACUGUGGCCAUUGACUGCUACACUGUGACAAACAAUAAAGCAACACUGGUUGAGAAAAAUUUUUUGGAUCACAACCCUGAUAUCCUGGAUAUCAAAAUGCUUCUCCUUGAAAACGGCAGAGCCAGUGAGAUUAUGCCUGAAGAGAAACUUAUUAAGGCAACUGUCUCUGAGCUGAAGACUAAAAUCAAAUAUUCUGGCAAAUCUGAACCAAGUCAGAGUCAGAAGUCAGAUUUUCUUGUUAUCCCCUCUUUCCUUGAGAAAUACCUUGAGGAUCGAUUACCAGUCUUUGUGCAAAACGCCCUGAAAGCCAUCAUGAUGACACAAGGCAGAGAGUACAUGAUCGAUCAGGCAUUGGAAAAUGUGACUGACAAGCAACUCUACCAUGCCAUAAUCCCAGUUGAUUUCCAGGCUAGUGGGGUGCUGGAGAAGAACAAACGCUGGGGGGACGGCCUGCAGCAGUUUCUGGAGAUGAAACACCAGUUAGCAAUUACUCCUUUGUCCAAUGUGACAAAUUACCUAUCAAACUUCCAUUACUUCAAAAGAUACCUGAAAGGGAAUGGGCUGUUUGGUGUUUCUGGGACAUUAGGGGGCGAUGCUGAUAAGGAUUUCCUGGCAAGGCAUUAUGAAACAAAUAGCUACACAAUACCAGCUCACCGCCAUAAGAAGGUUGUGGAGCUUCCAGCAAUUCAGGUUAGUGGGAAAGCCCAGUGGAUGGAUAUCCUCUGUAAGACAGCCUGGAGAGUAGCAGAUGGUGGUCAGGUUGUCUUGGUUGUAUGUGAGGAUGUCAAGACAGCAAAUGAACUUCAGAACAAAAUGUCGAGAGACAAUCCACAUCCCCCCAUCACAUUAUAUACAAUUAGUGAGAAGCACAACAUUGAGACCACCAAAUUCAUUGGAGGGCAUAUUAUUAUAGCCACGAAUCUAGGAGGCCGUGGAACAGAUAUCAAAGUUGAUAAGGAUGUCAAUCUCUGUGGUGGACUAUUUGUCCUCCUGACACAUUACCCUGGCAGCCGCAGGGUGGAGAAACAGGUGUUCGGACGAACUGGUAGGAAGGGAAACCCAGGCAUGGUCCAGAUGAUCGUCUGUGAGGAUAAACUUGCCCCAGCAUACCAAGGCCAGCCUGUGGAGAUCAUGAGGCAACUAAGAGAGGAUUACGAAGUUGAACGCAUCAAGGAUAUGGAGACAGAUGAGCUUCUUGAAAUCAACAUAAAAGAGGAACUGUUUGAAACGUUUUGCACAUUUCUGGAAGAGUUUGACUGUAAAGAAUUCACAAAGGAUGAGAAAAGGGAACUGUCAGGAAUAAAUAAGAAUAAUGUCCCUAAAUGUUUUGUAGAUAGAAGCAAAAAGUUUGAUUACCAGCCAGCACUCAAUGCUUUGAAAGAAACAUGGGCAUUGUGGCUCACCGUUCAUGAGGAGCACAUCAAUAGACACGAAGAUAUCAAUGUUCUUAAAGCAGACCUUCUUGAGCAUCUCACAAACAGGAGCAAGAUGCUAUUGAAAGGAAAAAGUCUCAACUUCUAUGACCACAUCAAGCAGGCACUUGGCAGAACAGAUCUGCACUGCCGCAACAAAAAUAAUUGUGACUACGGAGCAAAAUCCUACUGGAAAGAUGUUGAAGACUGUGACCCUUUUUAUGGUGCUGUGGCACUGUACAACCAAGCCUUCAUCACCAUCAACCUGGCCAAGGGGGACUACAAAGCAGAGGCACGUGGCUUACUGGAGAAGGCAAAGACAAAGAUUGAUGUUUACCUUUUAGAAACAACCAACACUAUGGUUUCCUUUCAGAUGGCCACGAGAGGGAACUUUGAACCACAUCAUGAGGGGGAACGGAACUUUCUAAAGCAGAUAGAUUCCAGGAUGAGCAUCUACAAAGCUUGGAUUCAUAACAUUACCCUGGCAGUGAAUAAACUGAAAGAGCUUCAGGAUAAAGGCACGGCCAUAACAGAGGAAUCUUCAGUAUUCAGCCUCUCAGAAAAUCAAGACUACAUCACAGCAAAUGAACUUAUAGCCCUGCAUGAGAAUGGCUUGUUCAUUGUGUUUGAGGUGAAAAAGAAGCCUGAGUUCUGCUUUGAUGCUUUGAUUUGUUUCUUCAUUGGAAUGUGUCAGGUUGUCAUAGGAAUAUUAGUUUGUGCCCUGUCGUUUGGUGCUGCAACCAAUAUUGGCAUGAGUUUAAUCUCUGAAGGUGUCAGUGACAUGAUAGAAGGGAUAUCAGGCAUGAUAAAAGGCACAUUUGAUUGGGUGUCGUGGGCUAUAUCCAAAAGUAUUAGCAUCGGAAUGUCUCUGCUCACAGCCGGCUUCAGUGUCCUUAAAAAUGUGGUCAAGUCAGCGUAUCAUGCCACAAAAGGACUCCUCAAUGGUACAAAGACUCUUUCAUCCGUUGCAACAGAUGUCAUUGGGACUGGAAAACAUAUGUUCAAGUCCUGUCAGGGAGCAGUGAAAUCUGUGUCUACAGGAGUAUUAAAGUCUUCUACAGCAAAUAUAAAAACUGCUCUAAAACAUGCAACCAAGUAUACAGUUCAGGAGGCAGCAAAGCAGGGCAUUGAAACGGCACUAAACUACGCCAUUGAUACUGGAAUCCAAGCUGUCUUCAAAGAGAUAUUGAAAGAUGGAUUCAAGAUCUCUGUCUCAUCAACCGUCAACCAGAAUGCCAAACUGGGUAAUUGUCUCACUGAGUACAUUGCCUCUGCAGUACCAAAAGGAGCAUUGCAAAACAGUAGCAACUAUAAGAUUGACUCAAAGCUUGAACAACAAAUGAAAGAUUUAGUUCAGAUAAUGACCAAGGAUCUAAUUCCUGAGCUCAUGAAUGAUGACACCACAUCCAAAGUAAGUGAAGUUAUCAGCAGACUCUCUGAGGUGUCCAAAAAAGGAUUGGAGCUUGUAGAAAACAGUGGGAAAAAUAAACUGGUAAAAGGAAUAAAAAUCAGUUUACUAAUAGCAGAACACUCCACAAACCUGGCCAAAAUGGUUCAGUCUAUUUCAUACAGAGCAUGUUAUCAAUGA